AUGAUUAAGUACUUACUUUUUGUAUGUUUGAUCACAACACCUUUUGCCCAAACAUCUGAGGCAGUUGUAACUCAUUAUGAUUUGGAGGGCAAUUUGAUUUAGGAAGACAAUUCCUUACAAGUAUCUGAUGACAUUGACAGUAUGAAUUCAAUGACCAUGAAUUAAAAAGAUGUAUACUCAAAUGACAUGGACUCAAUCGGAACUGAUAGCAUGGAUUAUUAAUCACCAGAAUAAGAAUCUGUUGAAAGUAGCAAUCUUGAAGCUCCAAUGAAUUUAGAAUAAACUGAGAAUGACAGUAUGAAUGUUGACCCCAAUUCCAUGUCAGCCUUAGAUUCUAUGACAAUGAAUGGCAGUUUGGAAAACUCUAUGCCUGAAUAAGAUUCCAUGUACAGCACCAAUGAUCCAAAUAAUAUUAAUGCUGUUGAACCUAACUCAGUGGAAGAAGCAUUACCCACACAAAACACUGAGGUUUCUAAUUUGGCUGAUGCUAACUCAGAGGUUAGCAAUGAAAUACAGAACACUAAUUUGAUUGCAGAUCCCAAUGAAAUCAAUAUUGUUGAUCCAAAUAAUCUUGGAAUACCUUAGGAUAAUCAAAUUGAUGUUUAAAAUAUUUUAGAAUCAAAUGUUGGAUUUACUACUGAGACUAACGAUCCAAACAAUUUAAGCUAAAAUGAAGUUGAUCCAAAUAUGGCAUUUGAAGUUCUUACAAAUACAGAUAAUUUAUAAUCAUCUUCGGAAUUGGAAAAUGGAUUUGCUUAAAGUGAAGUUACUAUGGAAAAAAAUAAAGUGAAAGAAAUUCCUGAACCAAAAAACGAUGAGGAGCAUGGUUCAGGUUAAGGGGAAGAAAAAUCAGAAGAGGAAUCUGAAGAACAUUAAAAUGGUACUUAAUAAUCCAACCACGGACAUUCCUAGGGAUAAGAUAAUUCCAAUACUCCAGGAUUAGGAUCUGGUCAUCAUACAGAUUAAGGAGAUGGUGAUUAAGGAUAAGGAGAUGGUGAUUAAGGACAUGGUGAUUAAGGACAUGGAGAUUAAGGUCAUGGUGAUUAAGGACAUGGCGAUUAAGGACAUGGUGAUCAAGGACAUGGAGAUGGAGAUUAAGGACAUGGUGAUGGAGAUUAAGGACAUGGCGAUGGUGAUUAAGGACAUGGUGAUGGAGAUUAAGGACAUGGCGAUGGAGAUUAAGGACAUGGCGAUGGUGAUUAAGGACAUGGUGAUGGUGAUUAAGGACAUGGUGAUGGAGAUUAAGGACACGGUGACGGCGAUUAAGGAUAAGGUGAGGAAAACCAAGGAUAAGGAAAUGGAGAUUAAGGAUAAGGUGAUGGUGAUUAAGGACAAGGUGACGGUGAUUAAGGAUAAGGAGACUAAGGAUAAGGUGAUGGAGACUAAGGAUAAGGAGAUGGAGACUAAGGAUAAGAAGGUGGAGAUUAAGGAUAAGGUGAUGGAGAUUAAGGGUAAGGUGAUGGAGAUUAAGGGUAAGGUGAUGGAGACUAAGGAUAAGGUGACGGUGAUUAAGGAUAAGGUGACGGUGAUUAAGGAUAAGGAGAUGGAGAUUAAGGAUAAGGUGAAGAUAACUAAAAUGGAGUUAAGGGAGAACUUAAGGCAGUAGAUUCAACCACUAGUAAAUCAUUAGUUUAAGGAAAUUGUAUUAUCAUUUAUUCUUAAUGUAACUUCAAGGGAGAAUCCUUAGAAGCAUGCAAUAGUUUAAGCGAAAUUGAGGAAUUCAAAGCUUAAAUUAGAUCAAUAUAUAUCCCAGAUGGAUUGGGAUUGACAGUUUAUGAUGGCGAGAACUUUACUGGUAACCUACAUAAAUUCAAAUCCUCUUAGGAAUGUUUGAAAACCCCAUUAUCAUUUGCCCAAUUAGCCAAUUCUGGAAAUUAGUUGAGAGGAUAAAAUUUGAGGUCUAGAUAGUGA